CACGGUCUCUAAAGGGGAAACCUGUUUCAUUUGAGGUUCUACACGUGUCUUUUGGACUUCUAUGACUUAGACAAUGAAGUGUUUUUGAUAUUUCAUCCGAAACACCGCCCUGUUUAGUUAUACAAACAAACGAAUCUCAAAGAGUUCGAUUCAUAAGUGAAUCUUCUCGUUCUCAUGCUAGGUUUGUUUGUCAUGUGAGGUCAUUUACAGUGUCAUCACCCUGCACGGUAACACCUGAGCAAUGACGGCUCCGGUGUACAUCGUCGACGGCUCUCCUCUUCGAGAUCCUCACUUCACAGCCGCGAUCAGCGAAAGGAUGCGAGUCCCGGAGCGGCUCAGAGUCGCCCAGGAGGCUUUGGAGGAUCUGAAAGCCAGGGCUGAAGAGCUGCCUCCUGCUUUCAGCAUGCAUGUCCCUGACAGACUGUCGUUAACAGAUGCUCCUGACCUGAGUCCACGGCCCUUCUUCUCCCAACACAACGCUAGAGGUCAUGCGUCUUCCAUGUGGAACCUGCAGCAGGGACCCUGGGAUAGGGAAACGUUUACACGAGGGCACGUUCAGAGUCCGCUACGGAGAUCGUAUAGCGACCAGACUUUUGGUAGAACCCCAUCCGGGACACCAACACACUCCAAACACUCUUCUUCUAGCAGCCAGAGUGCUGGAACGAUGCUCGCUGUACCUACAGUCCCGGCCCUACCUGAACCCCGGGGGCUCGGUGUAAUUGCCCCAGUCCUCCUGACACCACACAGCGUUCUGCAGGCUGCCAAGAAGCUGGGCAAGCAGGCCUCGGACAAAAUCCUCCAGACCGUAAUUCAGAAAUACUCCUCCAGGUUUGGUUUCCCAGAAAACCCUCCAAGUCAACCAGGCGCUGAUCCUGAGCAGGCAAGGACAAGUAACACCACACAGGAGUUCUGGCGCAGUCCUGAGGAGGAGAGCGGAACUACAGUCGAGUUUAUAGCGCUACGCCGACAGAUGAUAAAGAUGAACAGACGGAUAGCAAGUCUGGAGAAACAGAAUGGCGAACGCAAGCAGAACGAACUGCUGCUCUUCUCACUGCUGCUGUCUGCCUGUCUGGUCAACGGCUGGUUCUGGAUGCGCAAAUAAACCCACAAAGUCCUCUAGGAGAUCGGCUCCGAACAGACGCUAAUUAACUGCUACGCUUAAUACAGUACUCGGCGUAAGAGCUCGCUGUGUCCCGAGAGAGGUUCGAGUCUGGAGUGUCGCGGGUUUGAGGGAUUAAGAAGAAUCGCAAGGUCACAAGAAUUCCCACACUACUGUGAAAGUCAUGACAUUUCAACCUGUUAAAUUAUCACCCUUUUCUGGACUCCCCCUAAAUUAUACUCAUUGUAAUUCUUAUUUAUUUUUUUCUCGACUCAGUAGAACCUUUCCUCACCACCACACCCUCCGUCUUUCAGUUCACAGCCUGAUAGAUCCGGUCUGUUUAUACGAUUUUAGAAAUUCUCUCUCGUUUGUUGUACAUUUUUAACAUAAAGGGAAGUUCGGGUAGAUUCACACACAAUUAUGUAAACCUUUGGUUGAAUUUUUACCAUGAGUGAUUUUUUUUUUUUGUUGUUGUUGUUGAAUAUUUCAAACAGUGAAACGUUCACCUAACCUUUAUUUUUUUUAGUCUUUGUAAAAAUGUAAACUUUGCGCAAAAAAAAAAAGAACGUUCACUUCUCGAAUACGCGCUUUAUAUUUUUAUAACCGCCACCGCAUACGUUUUAUGGUUUUAACAGUUCUACUAGGGUUUCACAUGCAGGUGAUGUUUUCAAAUAAACAAUAAACGCCAAGAAAUCAACAAUCGAUUUGUUCAGUAUAGUUAUUUAUUGAAAAAAUUAAAUUAAAUUUCAUUAAGAAAAAAAAAACGUCAAAUGUUAUUUGGAACACGUUCAGGAGUAUAAACCAAAUAAUACAAAGGACAAAACUGCAAGAUGAAACUGUAUGAGAUGAAUUUUGUAAAAAAUAAAA